AUGAAUAAAACAUCGAAAGAUAUGGAUUUAUCAUCUAUUAUAACUCAGGUAUCAAAAGAUGAUGAUAUCAAUAAAUCAGUGCCAUUAACUGGUACUGUUAUUACAAGUGGAACAUCUCCAAUAACAAAAAAUCGUGCAACUCGAAAACGUCGUUUUAUGUCUAUCUUACUCUGUUGUUUAAAUGUAUCAAAUCAAAGUCGACCAAAAAGUGCUAACUAUUCACCAAAAACUACUGAAAGUCCAGUUAAUCAAGAAUCAAUUGCAUUAAAUACAGAGAUAAAUGCACAUUUCGAGUCAGGCGAAAAAUUUCUUUUACCAACAUUACAUCUUAACGAACGAGUGAAAAUAUGUUUAGUUAUUGAUCUUGAUGAAACACUCGUACAUUCAUCAUUUAAACCUGUACCAAAUGCAGAUUUUAUUGUACCAGUUGAAAUUGAUGGACAAGUUCAUCAAGUCUAUGUAACAAAACGACCACAUGUGGAUGAAUUUUUACGUCGUGUUGGUGAACUAUAUGAAUGUGUUCUAUUUACUGCUAGUCUCGCAAAAUAUGCAGAUCCAGUUGCUGAUCUACUCGAUCCAAAUCAAAUAUUUCAUUCAAGACUUUUUCGUGAAUCUUGUACUUAUUAUAAUGGAAAUUAUAUAAAAGAUCUUAGUAGAAUAGGUCGCGAUAUUCGGAAAGUAAUUAUUAUUGAUAAUUCACCGGUAUCUUAUAUAUUUCAUCAAGAUAAUGCAGUCCCUGUAACUAGUUGGUUUGAUGAUAUGCACGAUACUGAAUUACUUACACUUAUACCAAUAUUUGAACGUCUUGCAUUAGUUGAUGAUGUUAUACCCGUUUUACAAGAUAUUCAUCAUCGACAAGCAAUCGUUUAA